GUAAUUAACCACCAAAUGCUUCUCUUCCACAGCUACUACAAGCGUGAGAGUGCAAACUCCGUAGCUAAGUACGAGUGUGUGGAGUUCUACAACAACGCCAGGACACAAAAGAAGCACUGGUCACGCUGGAACAACCAGCAGGACUGUGAGGACAACGAUGGGGAGUGGAGGGCGUACUACAGCUAUCUGGAGAAGGCACCCACAGUUUCCCAGGCAGAUUGCCAGGGGGAGGGCCGCAGUGGCCUGCGGUACGUCUACGGUUACCCUGAGGGGGAGGAUACCGACACCCAGACGUGCCUGGUGCUCCCGCCCGCGCCGGACUGUCAGCCGGCGCCAUGGAGCAGGUCCAACCAUCUGGGCAACAGCAGGGAAGGGCAGGCCAGUAACUACACCUGGGUGCUGCCAUACUUCCCGUCUGGGAACACCAAGAGAUGUGUGGUGAGAAUCAGGUACAACAUCUCCACAGAUGACUAUGAUCCUUGGCAGACUGACGCAGCCUACAACCAGAACCUCCAACUAGGCCUGCUGUCCCCCGUACAGCAGAACCCAACAGUGGACAUCGGUGCUGAGUACUCCCCGCUCAGACUGGCCAUCAACACAGCUCAGUUUGGCAGGACCUUCCAGGACCGGAGCCACGUGUUCCUGCUGAAGCCUCGGCCCAGCGGCCUGGAGGGUCGGGCCAUCCACAACCUGAACGUACGCGGGAAGCGCGGGAACAUCGUGCAGGUGUACCCUGCCGUGGAGUACGACUUUGUGCCCACCGACCUGCACAUGGAGGAGGGGGACCUGACACACAUACAGUGGGAAGGGUCAAACAGCCACAACAACGGGAACCCUGCAGGGGAUGGCCAGGCUGGGGAUGCUGGGGAGGGCACAACUGGCACGGACCGAAACAACAUCGUGCAGAUGCGAUCACUGCUGGACAACUUCCCCGCUCCGUUUGAGAACUCUACCAUGUGGAACAGCGCCCGGGUCUGGUGGCCGGCCGCGCCCAAAUAUAGUCUGGCAAAGGACCUGGCUGUGGCAUUUGCCAGCUCAGGAUACUACACCUGUUUCCAUGCGGAGGUCUGCCACACCGAGUCAGUGGAACGGAAGAACAAGCUGGACAAGCUUCUCAACAACGCGCCGGCGUCGUUCGAGGGGGCGCUCCUGGAGUUCCGCAAGGGCACGUACCACUACAUGUGCACGCGCAACAACAACUUCUCCAACCGCAGCCAGAAGGGAACCAUCCACGUGGCCGAGGGGACCAAGUCAUCCUUCACAGACAACGACCUGCCUUAGCAUUUGUCAAUCUUUUUUGUUUCAUUUUGUAAAUCUUAAAAUGAAUGAAAACUUAAGACUCUUUUUACACAUUCAUCUAAAUGCUUUGUUCUCACCAACGUUUUGGUGACCGUCUGUCACCUUCUUCAGGGUAAUUCUGAGUCUAAAAAGAGUCUCUUUAUUCAGUGACAUACCAACCUGAUGA